AUGGGGGGCAUAAUCGGGGAGAGGAAAGAGAAGAAGGUAUUGGAGAAAGAUGUGUUGGGUUGUUUGCUGAAUUCCAAGGACUACAAAGGGCAAGUACUGACGGACGACCAGGUCGCCGACAACGUCAUCGGAACUCUGUUCGCCGCUCAGGACACGACGGCCUGCGCCAUGACGUGGAUUGUCAAGUACCUCCACGACAACCCGAAGCUUCUCGAGGCUGUCAAGGCCGAACAGAAGGCAAUUCAGGAGGUGAAUGGAAGGGACGGCAAUGAUAAUGCGGCGUUGAAUUGGAGUCAAACUCGUAACCACAUGCCCUUCACUCACAAGGUGGUUUUAGAGAGCCUAAGGAUAGCAAGCAUUAUAUCUUUUACAUUCCGGGAAGCGGUGGCCGACGUGGAAUACAAUGGUUACCUUAUUCCAAAGGGCUGGAAGGUGAUGCCCUUGUUCAGGAACAUUCAUCACAAUCCAGAAUAUUUCAGUGAACCUCAUAAAUUUGAUCCUUCGAGAUUUGAGGUGGUACCAAAACCCAAUACAUUUAUGCCAUUUGGCAAUGGGGUACAUGCCUGCCCUGGAAAUGAGCUUGCUAAGCUGGAGAUGCUUAUUUUCAUCCACCAUUUGGUCACCAAGUUCAGGUGGGAAGUGGUAGGAUCUGAGAGUGGGACACAGAACUGCCCAUUUCCAGUACCAAUGAAUGGACUCCCAGCAAGAUUUUGGAAACAAGUCCCCAGCAGCUAGGUUUAAGAUAUAUAUAGUAGUAGAGAUUAUUAUCAAUUUGGGUCAUGAUUUACCCAUAUAAUUAGCUUAUGUAGAGUAAUUUUCUUCCCCUUUUUAAGUUUUUGUGGCCCCAAUUUUGGCCAUUAUUUAUCAAUAUCUUAUCCAAUUAACGGGGAGAAAACCCCUAUUAGGGGAUGAUGCUAAGAUGAGUGAUUCCCAGCCAAAUCCUUUUUCAUCGGCUGUAUUUUUCCUAUGUAGAAUCUUACCAGUUCCAUUAUCAGUUCUAGAUCUAGUUUGUAGUUCUUCAACCCAAGCACUUAAUGGUAGUUUCUCCAUUUCAUAAUUCAUGC